AUGAACAAGGCCAGCAUCGAGCAAGCUCUCACGGGUCUGCUCCCCACGCUCAAUGGUCCUCUCCCUGCAGAGCUGGUCGACGUCGCUCUGUCUCUCCUGGCACGCUCACGAAGCGCCGCCAGCUCGCUAAAGCAAGAGGAGGAGAUCGGACGUCCAUACGCGUGUGCGCAGCUGGCUUGUGAAAGACUCAAGAAGCGCCUCAAUCUUCCCUCGAUUGCAUCUCGCCCACCAUGUCCACCACGAGUGUACAAGAAGCUCUACGACUAUCUCGCCAGCGCCCUGCCUGACUCUGCAACGCCCCGUGAACCACAGACGCCGCGAAAAGAUCGGACUCCCGCCACGACCUCUGCGAGAGGCACACCAAAGACGCCCUUGAGCGCCAGAAAGACACCGCGAGCAGCUCAGAGAAUCGACAGCAACAAUGGAGAACCGCCAGAAUGGGUCAUGCCCGUCAUCCGAAUGCUCGUCAAGAAUCUUUCGUAUCCACUCGCUACACCUCACGUCUACACCGGAAUUGAGUCGAUCCUGCCUCUCAUGGCUCGCAUGUCUGCUGCUGCAGCAGAGACGCCCAGUAAGCGGUCGGAACGAGCCGGCAACGAAUCGAAAGCUCCUAUGGCAGCUGUCCCAGAGACAAAAAUUUUUGCCUUAGUCGUUGUCGUAGUCCUCUACGUACUGACGAGGAUGAUGAACCAGGACAUUACGCCUGAAGAAUACGAAGAACGCAAAGACAAAGCCGUCCGCACCGUACUCGAGCUACCCGCUGCGAAAAAUGUCACGUACGAAGAGCUCUCGUCUGAGACAGAAGACUUGAUGAACGUAGCGCUUCAUGAAGGGUGGUUGCAGAUGGAGUGGUUCCUGAACAUAUCUCCGACCGACAACAUCGAUGAGAUGGAGGGCGUCGAGAUGGCGGACAAUGGCACGACUCGGCUGACAGCAGGCAAAUCUUUGGGUUUCAAAUGUGGCAGCAGUGACUACAUUGGUCUCGGUACCAUGCUACAGGACACCACUGAUUACCUGGGUGAACGCCAGAGACAAGACUAUCAGAGCUGGAAAGCAAGGAUCCUGGCUCGAGUCCAGGAGCUCGAGGCUGGCGCAUGA